AUGCCAGUUUUGGGAACGAGCAACGUCAAAAAUAGAGAAAAUACUGACCGUACUGACCGGAAAACGGCCAGCAAAUAUGCAUUCAAAAUCUUGACAGACACCAAUGAAUACAUAAAACUGGCCUUUAUCGCAUCCUUAAUAAUAUCCCCAUUGAAUCUAAAUGCACUUCCAGACAGUUACUUCCCACCGAUAGUUUAUCUUUUUCUAGUGUCACUUGUUAACACUAUUAUCUUUAUACUGAGUAUUACUUUCGAGAAACCCCUCAAAGACAAUAUUACAGUUAUACUAAAGGCAUUUUUUGUUAUACUCAUCACAUCUUUCAUUUUAUACUGUCUUUUUUGCUUGAUAUAUUCAUUUUUCAGUUCAAGAAUCAUUGGACAAGCACACACAGCAAAACAGUUCGGAUUGCAUGCAAGCUCAUACACAUACUUGCCCGUUGUAUUAGUGCUUAUGUUGGUCUGUCCAUACUGGACAAUUGCAUGGCUAGGUUCUUUUGGGAUUGUACUUCUAAUGUCAUAUUAUAUUGAGAGUACCUACUUUAGUCAUUAUUCGUACACUUCUAAAAGAACAGAAAGGUUCCACCACAUAUUCAUAUUUCUGAUGUACUAUGGAAUAGCACUAACAUGUGAGGAGAUACCUGAAAGAGUAUUUUUACAAAUGCUAUAUAACUUAAAUAAAUAG